AUGUUAGGCUCUUAUCGAUUACUUCUACUAAUCAAACUAAUACUGUUUGAAUUACUUGGACUAAAAUGUAUUGAAGAUGAUUCAUUCCGUCGUUAUCGUCGAUUACGUUCUUCUAUUAGUAGUAAUAAUCAUAAUUCAUCUGUUAGUCCAUUGAUUUUUAUUGUAUCUGUGUCAGUCAAUGAUUAUUUUGCUGUUAUUAAUUGUUCAACACCAGAACGUGUUCCUCAUCAUAAACUUGAUUGGUAUUUUCAAACACGUACUUCUUCAAGACCACCUCGUGUUAUUUGGCAACGUGGUCGUUCAAAUAUUCAUCGUUAUAUUGCUUAUUCACCUGAUCAAAUUCGUCAUUUUUUACAAAUCAAACCUAUUCAUUAUAAUGAUAGUGGAACAUAUAUGUGUUUAGAUCAAACUACGGGCUUUUAUACUGGAAUAGAUCUUAUUGUUCAGGAUAGUCGUAAUUGUGCACAAAAUAUUAUUGGUUUACAAAUGACAACAUUUAUUUGUUUUAUCUUAUUUUCAUUAGUCUUACCACGAUAUUCUGCUAGUGAAAGUCAAGUAAAAUGA